AUGGUCAAGCGCAAGAGGUCGCGCGAGGACGACGUUGAGCAGAAGCUUGCCGACUACCGGAAAGAAAUAUUUCGGGCUCUGAAGGGCGCGAAAGGACUGGAGCGUCAACGGUACAGCAAGCGGUUGCGCGAUGACAAAGCGACGCCCGACAAGGUCAAGAGACUGGAACGAGAGAUACUUGUGCUCAAGUCGCUCGACCUCCAACAGACUGCCGACGCCCACCUCCACUCCUCACUCCUAAAAGUCAAGCAAAUCGCCGAAAGCCCCGCCCUGCCAGAAGCGAUCAAGCAAGGUGUUCCGAAGCCAGACCUGUCUGAGGAUGAGAAGGCGGCGCUUCACAAUGUGACCAGCGGUCUGUUCAACCGCGUGCACGUCCGGGAGGCCAUCGAGAAGGCUAUCCGAGGCGUUUGCCUGAUCCUCAACGUCCCUAUACCGGAAAAGAAGAAGAAGGGCAAGAAGGGUGCCACCGAAGAUAAGAAAGAUGUGGGGGAAGAAGACCAGCCCAGGGAGGCGAAGAAGGUGAAAGUGGCGGAUGCGAGGGAUGUGCCUGCCACUGUCAGUACCAAGGUUGAAGAGGAAGGGAACCCAUUUGACGAUAUGGACGACGAGAUCCCCCCUGAGAGCGACGCUUCAGACGCGGAGAAGAAGAAUAAUUUCGAAGAGGUCGAGCUUGACGAAGAGGACGAAGAAAAGGUUGUGGCUAAGUACGAGGCUAUGCUCGGCGGCUCGGAUUCGGAAGACGAGAGCGACGUCGAGGACAUGAAAGCCAAGUACCUGGCCCUCCUGGGCGAAGCCGCGGACGGAGACACUGCAGAUGAUGAGAGCAACAGUGACGGAGACGAGAACGAAGACGACGAGGCGAACGAAGAAGACGACUCGGACAGCGGCAUGGACUCGGACAGACAACGCCGCAUCAACGCCGCGAAUGUCUCCCUUUCGCCGUCUCCCGAACCAGCAUCACGGAAGGAAAAGAAAAAGACCCGCGCCAAGAAGCCGACGGGUCGGCCCGGGGAGACGACCUUCCUGCCCUCGCUCAUGGGCGGGUACAUCUCCAACUCCGAAUCCGAGGCGUCGGACCUCGACCUCGCGCCGCCCAAGAAGCGCCUGGGCCAGAAGCAGCGCCAGGCCAUCUGGGAGAAGAAGUACGGCGCGCAGGCGAACCACGUCAAGAAGCAGACGGACUCACAGAGGACCGGGGCGCGGGACAGCGGGUGGGACAUGAAGAAGGGCGCCGUCGGCGGCGAGGAGGACGGGCCAAGGAAGCCGUGGAAGAAGGGCGUUUCGAACCCGCUGGGUGCCAGGCAGGGCAGUAGGAGAGAGGAGGGGCAGAGGACAGCGGCUCCCGAGAUGAAGCCUAGACCGCCACCGAAGAAGGACGAUGAGGGCGUUCUGCAUCCCAGUUGGCAGGCGAGGAAGAAGGCUAAAGAGGCGCAGACCACGGCCGCGUUUCAGGGCACCAAGAUCACUUUCUAG